AUGACGGUGACGAGGCUCAAUAUUCUAAGAACCACAUCUCUUUGUUGUUUCAACACUACCAAACCCAUUUCCUCAAACCCUCUCUCACUUCUCUUCAACACCCAAUUCGCUUUUACUCCUCCCAACGUUUCCAUUCGUCAACCCAAGCGUGGUUUCCGCGCUGGAAUUGUCGCCAUGGCUGCACCUGGACAUGGAUCUGCAAACAAAUCGGAGGAAGAAUGGCAAGCUAUUCUCUCUCCAGAGCAGUUUCGAAUUCUGAGGCAGAAAGGCACUGAGUAUGCCGGAUCAGGAGAAUAUGACAAGUUCUUUGAGGAGGGAGUCUACAGUUGUGCAGGUUGUGAAACUCCACUCUACAAGUCUACGACAAAAUUCAAUUCCGGUUGUGGCUGGCCAGCCUUCUUUGAGGGUCUUCCUGGAGCCAUAAAUCGCCAUCCUGACCCCGAUGGAAGGAGGAUCGAAAUAACAUGCGCUGCAUGUGGGGGACAUCUUGGUCAUGUAUUUAAAGGUGAAGGAUUUCCAACACCCACUAACGAACGGCAUUGUGUCAAUAGCAUUUCACUGAAAUUUGCACCAGUCAAUUCUUAG